AUGUCGCUUCUUCUUUCGAUGUGGCCUGAGAACUCGGAGUCUCGUCAGCGAAUGUUGGAGAGCUCGUCGAGUGCCAAUUUUCUCAACAGCUACUCGUAUCAGAAGGUGACGAAGCUCGAAACUGGGUUGAAUGUACUACAACGAUGUAAACCGGCUUUGAUCUUAAUUCUUGGACCUUUAAUUUUGUCACCACUGUUGAUGUAUAAGGAGAAGGAAUGGCAUUGUGCUUUCUGCAUCGGCGUGAUGGCAAUUUAUUGGAUGACCGAAGUAUUGCCACUGGCCGUCACAGCAAUGCUUCCAGUGAUUCUUUUCCCAUUGACUGGUGUAAUGACCUGUACCGAAACAGCUCAACAAUUUAUAAAUGACACAAAUUUCCUAUUUAUUGGUGGUUUAAUAAUGGCAGCAGCUGUGGAGAAAUGUGACUUGCAUCAACGGGUAGCACUAUCGGUUCUGAGACUGGUUGGCGGAGAGCCAAAAUGGAUCAUGCUUGGUUUUAUGAUGGUCACUGCACUUUUGAGCAUGUUCAUCUCGAACACUGCCACCACAGCGAUGAUGGUGCCCAUUGCUCAAUCAGUGGUUACACAAUUAGCUUGUGAUGCCCAGUUGGAGAGCGGGAACAGAGGACGUGCGAAUUGCAAGCGAAUGUCCACGGGUUUAGUGCUAUGCAUUUGUGUUGCUGCAAAUAUUGGUGGUAUCGGUACUGUAAAUGGAACUCCUAGCAACAUUGUAAUGCUUGGAAUAUUGAAAGAGCUCUUCAAUGAAGCGGACACUGGGAUGAACUACAUGACAUGGCUCAUUUUUGCCUUCCCUUUGAUGGUCAUAUGCUUAUUCGUGGUUUGGCUCACAUUGACGCUAUUUUUCCUGAGAGAUGCUCCUUCUAAAGACGACCAUAUCACUGAAAUGUUGCGCAAAAGAUACGAGGAUCUGCCAAGAACCAGCUAUGCUGAAAAAUCUGUGAUAUGUUGCUUCCUCAUUCUGCUAUCGCUGUGGAUAUUCAGAGAUCCAGGAUUCUUCAAAGGAUUCAGUAGCUAUUUUCCAAAAAAUUGCUACACUGAUGCUACGUCGGCCAUGAUUGUUGCUGUACUACUCUUUGCCCUUCCAAGUGAAAGACCCGAGUUGUUUACUUACAAAAGCAAAGAAGAAAGAAAAAGGAAUUCUCGCCUAAUGGAUUGGCCCACAAUGCAAAAGACCUUUCCAUGGAGCGUAGUGUUGCUGCUUGGUGGAGGCUUUGCUUUGGCUGCAGGUGUUAAGGAAGCCAAGCUGUCGGACAUAAUUGGUGAAUCUCUUCAAUCACUUGAUCACUUACCCGUGUGGGUUCUGCAAAUGCUUGUCAUGGUCGUAUGUAUGGCUAUAACCAAUAUCUGCAGCAAUACUGUGACAGCCACGAUAUUUGUUCCGAUAGUUGGAACAUUGGCUGUGGGAAUGGAACGGCACCCGUUCUCACUGAUGCUACCAGCCACUCUCGCUUGUUCAUUUGCUUUUGUUUUGCCUGUCGGCACACCUCCAAACGCAAUCGUGUUUGGAUCUGGCAUGAUUAAAGUGAAAGACAUGGUUACGAUUGGCACCAUAAUUUCGAUAGAAUGCCUUCUAAUCACAGUCGCCUACAUGAACAGUGCCGCUCACAUCUUUAUGCCAUUGAUGGAAUUCCCAGCUUGGGCGCAACUGAACGCAACGACGAGUGCACCUUGAACUUUCUUAUUCUGAGUAUUUACACUCUUUAAAACUUACAAAUCUUGUUAUACGUCAAACUCGGGUCUUAUUGAUUAGCUGGUUUUGUACAGCUUGCAUUUGUCGGUCAUGGUUCUCAAUACAGGUCUCACAGAUUCUUUUCAAGUAGUGUGUAGAUUUGAAUAUUUUCUGCAAAAUCCUCUUUUAGUAGCUGGAUUUCACAUAGAAUACUGAAAUUUAUAGUUUUGUUUUUCUUACC